AUGCCUCAAUUCCUAAUUCAGUUUGCACAGCAGCAUGAGGAGUUUCGUCUACCAGAAUUGGAGGCGCUGGCAACCAUAGAGAAUGUGCAGAUGACAUAUAAUCCAAGUGACUACAGUCUAGAGCUUUGGGGGAAAGGUUCAUCAUGGGAUGAUUUAAUUGAAAAGGUCAAAGAACAUCCUGAACGAUGGCCGCAAUACCUGCAUACAACAUUCAAAUUCUCCGUAGUGACAUUCGGCGGUACAAUUGAAAUGAAAGAUAAGCCUCAGAUCAUCAACCGAUUCUCAUUCACAGGAUUUCUCGGCAAAAUUGAUCUCAAAAAUCCAGAAGAAGAAUUUUUGCUUAUUGCAGACUAUGGGAUCGAGCCUGAUUCGGUUGUGGCACAUACUUUUUACAUGGGUCGUCUUGUUGGAAAUGGUCGACGUGAUUUGAUUGAUAAAUUCAAUGUGAAGAAACGGAGAUAUAUCGGCAAUACUACCAUGGACGCUGAGCUCUCUCUCAUCAUGGCCAACCAGGCAUUAUGUGGGUCAGGCAAGUUGGUCUACGAUCCAUUUGUGGGCACAGGAAGCUUUUUAAUGACUUGUGCACAUUUCGGAGCCAUGACUGUGGGUAGUGAUAUCGAUGGACGACAGAUCCGUGGAAAGGGCAAAGCUAGUAUUUACAGUAACUGUGAGCAAUAUAAUCUGAAAGGAAGAGUCCUAGAUGCUUUGGUCUUUGACGUUUGUCAUGCGCCCUGGAGACGGAUCAAUGGAGGCAUAUUUGAUGCCAUUGUGACCGAUCCCCCAUAUGGCGUUCGCGCCGGUGCCAAGACGCUGGGACGUAAGGAUCCUGCUAAGCAAGCCACUGAGCCCCGUAUGGCUGUUGAGGAAGGCGUUCUUGCACAUCUGCUUCCAGAUUAUGUACCCCCAACAAAACCAUAUGAGAUGACUGAAGUAGUAGCAGAUCUAUUAAUGUUCGCUGUUAAGAACCUUGUCCGCGGAGGCAGGCUUGUCUAUUGGUUACCCACAGUUACAGAAGAUUAUGCAAUUGAUGAUCUGCCGACGCAUCCAUGCAUGGAACUCAUCUCAAACAGUGAACAAGCUUUCGGACAAUGGUCACGUCGUUUGAUUACAAUGGAAAAGGUGGCAGACUGGGAUAGCAAGACAGGGUUGGGAGCGCCAUCAGGAGACAUGAAUAAGUCGACUACUUCACCUAAACGACCUGGCCAUUUCGGAUUUAGGGAUCGAUAUUUCGCCUUUAGUGCUGUUGAGAAUGCAAAAAGGAAAAAGGAACUAAAGGAAGCUUAUCAGAAGGGGGGGUCCGAAGGUGUAGCAGCGUACAUGAAGGAGUUAGAAGAAAAAAAGAAGAAUAGCCAACCAUGA